AGUGUGCGAGUCGUGUGUGCGCAGCGCUCCGUGUUCCGUGCGGGAGCUCCCCCCGCGCCGUGCUCUGCCCUCAGUGCCCCGUCUAUGGGACCAGCCGACAGUGCUUGCCGUACGAAGCCCAUGUCCUAGCUGUGUGCCGGAUUACAACUUCAAAAAUGGCGAGACCACUUCACGACGGGAGUACCUCUGAACCUGUGGGAAAUAUCCAGGCAGAAGCCGGCCGUGCUUUCCCCAAUGACGUCAGUGCCUGUGAAGCCUCCUCUUCUACAAUCUGUGAACAGAACCUGCCAGCGAGCCGUCCAGUUCCCCCCGCCUUCUUCUCCUUAUCGCCCGUGUGCCAGAGACGCCCCUCAGCUCCCUGCGAAAACCACUUCCAGGACAGACUUGAAAUGGUUAACAGUUGUGACCCCGAACCUUCCUCCACCACGUUUGAACAGAGGCAUUGCUCUUACCCAGAAUCCUUCAGCACAGGGGACACCACUGCCUACGGUCCCAGGCAUACAACCCAUGAACACUCCCGGCUGGGGAUGGACACGGAUGUUUCCAAUCAGAAUGACGCCCAAGGAGAUCGCCCCUUGGUGGGAGACGUACCCUUAGAACGGGAGAUCGCCCUACGCCUGCGCAGGAUUGGGGACCAAAUGAACGAGCGGUAUCUGCAAAGGAUGCAGGUUGGACAGCGGCAGUGGUGGGGUCCUCUGCGAUGGCAUCUCACCCAGAUCCUCUCCGAGAUCGUGGCUGCCUUGUACAAUCCACUCGUGGACAUUUUACCACAGAACUAAAGGCAGCGCGUCCCGCACGGACUGACUGGUACAAAGAAUUGGGCGUGUCCCGUGCUGAUAUUUUUUGGCUUCUGCUGGACGGAAGUCGAGAGACUUUUCCAGUCUCCAUGGACAGUACCACUGGGCGUCAAGACAAUGAUUUAGAAGCGUCCUGAGUCCACGGCUCAUCCAGCGCAGGCGGUCGCCGGCGUCAGUAAGGACAUGGCGGAUAUGGUAAAUGCCUUAUCUUCCUCCCGUUGAGUUCACUGGCAGACUUUUCUUGUGGAAAUCAAGUGGGUUUUCUUUGGUUAAGACGUUGUAAGAUGGCCGUCACAAAUGGGGAACAUUGGGAGUGUGGAUUAAUGGUGGUGUCGACGAGAAGAUCGAAAACAAAAAAACUAUGGCACAUUCUUUAACAAAGCUUCUUCUGAGUACACGGAAGAAUUUGUAGCCGGGUGGGGGCGUGCAAGAUUCCGGUCUGGUCACGCCCCCCUUCCUACUAAUGCACUCAUGUCUGUGGCUGAAAAGGGUAACUUUUUUUUCUUUGUCUGAGCCAUACUAGACUGCCCUUGUAGCCAAAUUCUGGAAAUCUAGACAAGCCAUACAUCAAUCUUUCUGGCCCCUCCCUUUUUGCAUGCUUUGAUUGGCCCAAGAAUCCCAAUUUUUCUAUACAUAGAGCCCAGCAUGUCACCACUCUGUACUAACCCACGUCCUGAUAGCACUUAAAAAAUAAUAAAAACUACUUCUUUCUCCGCCACGUUUAAUGCCUGACGUUUCGGCCCCUGCGAAGUUUUGAUACAGAUUUAAUUUUUUUUUUUCUAUCCUUUCCAACGACAAAGACCUUUUUUUUUUUUUUUUUUUUUUUUUUUUUGCUAACCAUGAAAGAAGAGAAAAUUAUCUUCAGGGGAAAAUUAACUGUAAAAAAAAAAAAAA